ACCCCAUAUGUCCACUGCACCCCAUAUGUCCACUGCACCCCAGUUUCUCACCCCCACUGGGCAGACAGGUGAGCAUGGCCUUGCUGGGGGCAACAGCACCCGUCUCCCAGGUGUGGAGACACGUGUGACCUUCUUCGCUGUCAGGACAGGCCUCGUGGAGGGUGCCUCAGCCAGCAGGUCACCCACCCUGGUCCAGACCCAAGGACCCUGCUUGGGGGUGGUGGCCUGGGGCUGCCUUGCCACUCGGAGUAAUGAACUUGCUGGUUGUGGGGGGACUGUGGGGAACCCCCUGAAGGGGGGUGGGCUGCAUGGCAUCCGGCCGUGCAGGGGACGUGGGAAUAGUGUCCAGGCAGAGGGCACAGCCUGCAACGAGGUGCAGAGGCAGGAACGCCGCAGCAUGGGGAGUCCUCAGGAGACUUGAGUUUUCCUUCAUAGAAGCUUCCAGGCCGAGGCCUGAGACCGCGCUCUCUCUCCUCCACCCGGCCCAGCUGCGUCCCUGCCAGUGGCUCCUCCCACUUCCUCCGUUCUAGUUUCCAACAACAGAGGCUGCAGCCACCCAGCCCCGAAGCAGGGCCCAGCGAGACUGGCCCCAGCCCCAAACGUGAUCCAGCCGCAGAGAAGCUGAGACGGUAUUUACGACUGACUGGACUCCGGCCUCCGGCUGUCUGCACCUCACGCUGGACCUGCCUAGAGACUCCACUGGCUCCCGGCAGCCCCGGCUGCUUGGGCGGAUCCGGGUGCCCGCAGGGGCUGCAGGAGGGCCCCGGGGCCUGCACUGCUCCCCCGAUGGCCUGCUCUUCCUCACGGCUGGAGCUGCACCCUGUGUCCACGUGCUGGAUCUGGAGGGACGCCCCGUCUGCCUCCUGCCUUGCUGCACUCCAGGGACCGGGGCCUUCGUUCCAGAGGAUGUGGCUGUGACAGCAUCAGGGCUUGUGGUGGUCAGCGAUCCCAUCCAUGGGGCUGUCCAUGCCCUCCAGCACACAGCCCGGGACCCCGGAGGCCGCUGGGUGACCGUCGGCACCUUCCUGUCUCCCCGAGGGCUGGCUGUGGAUGCCCUCAGCCGCCUCCUGGUGACAGACUACUUGCCCGGGGCUGUGCACAGCUUCACGUUGAGCCCUGCUUGGGAGCCCCUGGCCCCAGCCUCCAUGCUGGGUCUGGAGGGCCCCUGCUGGGUGGGCCCAGGGCCUGAUGGGGGCCUUGCUCCUCCCAGCAUGGUGCUCAAGGCCUUCUUCCCCACGUGCUGCGUCUCGGUGGACAGCGGCCUGCUGGUGGGAAGGUGGGUUCCGGAGCACAGCAGCGCCGUGGUCCUGGCGGUCCUGCACUUUCCCUUCAUCCCCAUCCAGGUCAAGCAGCUCCUGGCCCAGGUGCGGCAGGCCAGCCAGGUGGGCGUGGCCGUGCUGGGUACCUGGUGCCACUGCCGGCAGGAGCCCGAGGACAGCCUGGGCCGCUUCCUGGAGGGCCUGGGUGCCGUCUUCCCCCAUGAGCCCUGGCUGCAGCUGCGCCGGGAGAGAGGCGGCACGUUCUGGAGCUGCGCGGUCACCCACCGGCAAGCGCCCGCUGCCCCCAGGGCCCCUGGUGAGGACCAGGUCAUGCUGAUCUUCUAUGACCAGCGCCAGGUGCUGCUGUCACAGCUACACCCACCCACCGUCCUGCCCGACCGCCAGGCUGGAGCCACCCCUGCCAGCACGGGGGGCCUGGCUGCGGUCUUUGACACAGUGGCGCGCAGUGAGGUCCUCUUCCACAGCGACCGCUUCGAUGAGGGCCCCGUGCGGCUGAGCCACUGGCAGUCGGAGGGCGUGGAGGCCAGCAUCCUCGCGGAGCUGGCCAGGCGAGCCUCGGGACCCGUCUGUCUACUGCUGGCCAGCCUGCUGUCACUGGUCUCAGCCGUCGGUGCCUGCCGAGUGUUCAGGCUCUGGCCCCUGUCCUUCCUCGGGAGCAAGCUCUCCACGUGUGAACAGCUCCGGCACCGGCUGGAGCACCUCACACUCAUCUUCAGUACGCGGAAGGCGGAGAACUCUGCCCAGCUGAUGAGGAAGGCCAACACGGUGGCCUCCGUGCUGCUGGACGUGGCCCUGGGCCUCGCGCUACUGUCCUGGCUCCACGGGAGAAGCCGCAUUGGGCAUCUGGCUGACGCCCUCAUUCCUGUGGCUGACCACGUGGCUGAGGAGCUCCAGCACCUGCUGCAGUGGCUGAUGGGCGCUCCCGCCGGGCUCAAGAUGAACCGUGCACUGGACCAGGUGCUGGGCCGCUUCUUCCUCUACCACAUCCACCUGUGGAUCAGCUACAUCCACCUCAUGUCCCCCUUCGUCGAGCACAUCCUGUGGCACGUGGGCCUCUCGGCCUGCCUGGGCCUCACGGUGGCCCUGUCCCUGCUCUCGGAUAUCAUCGCCCUCCUCACCUUCCACAUCUACUGCUUCUACGUCUAUGGCGCCAGGUGGGCGAGGGCUUCCCUUCCCCACCGGACCCGGAGGGGCAGAGGCUCCGGCUGGGCGCAUGGAGAGGGAUCCCCCAUGGUCUAUCUUCGCUCUGGCGUCUGUCCGGGGGAAGAAAGUGAACGUUCUCGCAGCGCGCGCCAGCGCGUGGACUCCUGUUCCUAUGACCUGGACCAGCUGUUCAUCGGGACUCUGCUCUUCACCAUCCUGCUCUUCCUCCUGCCGACCACGGCCCUGUACUACCUGGUGUUCACCCUGCUCCGGCUCCUGGUGGUCGCUGUGCAGGGCCUGAUCCAUCUGCUCGUGGACCUCAUCAACUCCCUGCCGCUGUACUCACUGGGUCUUCGGCUCUGCCGGCCCUACAGGCUGGCGGCUGGUGUGAAGUUCCGUGUCCUGCAGCACGAGGCCGGCAGGCCCCUCCGCCUCCUGAUGCAGAUAAACCCACUGUCCUACAGCCGCGUGAUGCACACCUACCGUCUCCCCAGCUGUGGCUGCCACCCCAAGGACUCCUGGGGUGCCCUGUGCCGCAAGCUGUUCUUUGGGGAGCUCAUCUAUCCCUGGAGGCAGAGAGGGGACAAGCAGGACUGAGGGAGCCGGCCGCCGGCUCGCCCAGAACCACUGCACAGCCACGGCCAGCCCUCUGCCAGGGUGGUGCCACCUCAGCUGGCGCGCGGCCCGUGCUUUGUGGACGCUGCUGUAUGCUCCCAAACACGGCAGGCCCUGCUAUCACACCUUGGGCUUGGAGGUCAU